AUGUCAGCUUGUCUCUUUGCUAUAGAUAUCAAUGCAAAAAGAUCGCCCAAUCAAGUUAACAAUCUAGCUAAGCGAGUCAUGCAACGCAUCGAUUGUGAAGACGCAGCCUUCCCAGUCCUUCCGGGCGCGAGCGGACAAACCAUCAACCACUUGAUGGCAGUGAAUUUCUUGGGAAACUUCCAAGGAAUGUGCGAGGACCCCUUCGACGGCUUAGGCUACUAUUGUGAUGGCGACGGCCAUAUCCUACCGGCAGUCCCUAACACACUCCUUUACCAGAACCCGGUCACAGAGCCGUACAAGAUUGCUUGCCUGGCUAAGUGCGUCUGCGCUCCUGAUUACGAGUGGGACCCCGACUUUGGGACAGAUAGAAGAGCUUGUGAUAGCGACGAUGAUGCACAGCCAGUGCCUGGUGGAACGCAGCCUGGUGCCGCGCAGUCGCCCUGUGUAUCGCCUUCCGCACCUGCCUCGCCCUCGCCUUCGUGGGGUACGCAGAACUUCUUUGAUGGGGGUAUCACGAGUGAUGGAGAUAUGUAUGGCUUUCCGGGAAAUGACGACUGUAGUCGAGUAGUAGGCUUCUUAGCAACUUCGACGCUGGGCUAUGGCCAUAAUCGCUGGCAGUACGCCGAGUUUCUUGAUGUAGGUACAGCGUCAUCGGGGAAUCCUGAUGAAGAGGUCCGCUUGCCGUACUCGUACACUCAUGGUCAGGAAUGCAAGAACCUUCGAAAUGAAUAG